AUGCUAACGGCGCUGUCGAAACAGGGUCGACAGACGGCGCUGGUCUGCAUAGGGGGGGACCUCGGAAUUUUCAAGUCACUCGCGGAGAGCAAAGCACCCUUAUCAUCCAAACAGCUUGCAGAGGCUACCAUGGCGGACCCGCUGCUCGUCAGCCGCAUCAUGCGAUACCUGGUUGCGAGUCGUCUGGUCGGGGAGACAGCACCGGACCAGUACGUGGCCACCAAGAAGACGUACGUCUUUGCCGACCCGCGCUUUGAGGAGCCUAUCCGAUUCUUUCACGCCGUCAGCAACCGUGCUUUCCAGGCUCUGCCAGAGUUCCUCAAAGAGACGGGCUAUCAGAAUGAAACCCAGCGCAGUGCGUUCCAAAAGGGGCUUGGCACAGAGCUUCAGCUCUAUCCCUGGCUUAAGCAGCAUCCGGAUGUGCUGAAAAACUUUCAAGCUGCUAUGCGGCUUACCAAAGACGCCAAUGGUGUGGGUGUGAUGCCGUUAGACAGCUCUGUGAGCAGUGGCCAUGAGGGUGUCAUGUUUGUGGACAUUGGUGGCAAUACUGGCCAUCAGGCUGCUGAGGUGCUGUCCCAGCAUCCAGAGCUUGCCGGCCGAGUGACUGUUCAGGACCGUGGUGAAGUCAUCAAAAGCGCACCCGAGAUGAAAGGCAUUCAGUGGAUGGAGCACGACUUCUUUGAUGUUCAGCCUGUGAAAGGGGCCAAAUAUUACUAUCUGCGAGCCAUUCUCCACAACUGGGAUGAUGACCACGCCGUGCAGAUCCUGGCCAACAUUGUGCCUGCCAUGUCUGCCGACUCGCUGGUGGCGAUUGAUGAAGUGGUCGUGCCGGAUCGAGACGCCCACUUGUGGCCGGCCGGGCUCGAUCUCCAAAUGUACACUAUCUUUGGAACCAGGGAGCGCACAGCAGCACAGUGGGAUGCGAUCCUCGACAGAGCCGGACUGCGUGCUGUGGCAGUCAAGAGGUAUGCGCCUGUCAUGCAAAGCUCGGUCAUUUUUGCGGCUGCCAAGUAG